AUGGAUUUUGACCGUUCUGCUGAUGAACAGCUAGAGUUCUCCUCGAAAUCAACGCGCAAUGUGAAAGUCCAUUCAACCUUCGAAAGCAUGAACCUCAAACCGGAACUUCUAAAGGGUAUCUACUCAUACGGUUUUGAAGCACCAUCGGCCAUCCAAAGUCGUGCUAUCAUGCAAAUCAUCCUGGGAAGAGACACUAUCGCACAAGCACAGUCGGGAACAGGAAAGACAGCGACGUUCUCGUUAGGAAUGCUCCAGGUUAUUGAUACCAAAGUGCGCCAGUGCCAGGCACUCGUUCUCUCUCCCACACGAGAGUUGGCAGUACAGAUUCACACAGUCAUCAUGAAUUUGGGAAACUACAUGAAUGUCCAUACACAUGCGUGCAUUGGAGGAAAACAGGUGGGAGAUGACUUGAAGAAGUUGGGCCAGGGCCAGCAUAUUGUGAGUGGUACGCCAGGACGAGUGUUGGAUGUGAUCAAGAGAAGGAACUUGGCUACAAGAAACGUCAAGAUGCUCAUUCUUGAUGAAGCUGACGAGCUUAUGACUAAAGGUUUCAAAGAGCAAAUCUAUGAAAUAUACAGACAGCUCCCGUCCACCGUGCAAGUGGUGGUGGUUAGUGCUACACUAACUAGGGAGGUGUUAGAAAUGACACAGAAAUUCACCACCGAUCCAGUAAAGAUCUUAGUCAAAAAAGAGGACGUGACUCUUGAAGGUAUCAAGCAGUACCAUAUCCAGUGCGAGAAAGAGGAGUGGAAGUUUGACACGUUAUGUGACUUGUAUGACUCGCUUACCAUUACUCAAGCAGUCAUUUUCUGUAACACGAAGGCCAAGGUGACGUGGUUGGCUGACCAGCUUCGAAGAGCCAAUUUCGCUGUUGUGGCCAUGCAUGGAGACAUGAAGCAAGACGAGAGAGACCUGAUCAUGAGCGAUUUCCGGUCAGGCAAUUCACGUGUGUUGAUUUCCACUGAUGUUUGGGCUCGUGGUAUCGAUGUUCAACAGGUGUCAUUGGUGAUCAACUACGAUCUUCCCAUCGAUAAAGAAAACUACGUUCAUCGGAUUGGUCGGUCUGGAAGAUUUGGCCGGAAAGGUGUUGCUAUCAACUUGAUUACCAAGGACGAUGUUAGUGGUCUCAAAGAGUUGGAACGGUAUUACAAGAUCCGGAUCAGAGAAAUGCCACUGGAUCUCACUAGUUUGUAG